AGCAGCAGCAGCCACGUGACCUAUAAACGAUGGUGACGUUAGUGAUGUCGGCCGUGGCCGCGUUGCUAGAUCGUCUCCUCUCUAUCAAGCUGCAUCUUCUCACACGCACUAAGAUCGGAUGUCGUCUCAUCUCGCCCAGUCUGUAAUAUUCAUUCAUCUAAUGUUUGUCGUUUUUAUUGUUGUUGUCAACACAGCAGUUCUUCCUCUAAAAAACCCAUAUACCUAUAUAUAAAUAUAUACACACACACACACUUGAAUAUUAUUAUUAUUAUUAAUUCACCAUUGCCUCUACAAUGUCCCAGUUCGGAAGAGAUUUGGACAACUUCAGCGCCUGCAGAACUGUCCGCAUUAUCGGCUCGGAAUGUGUGGAAAACUAUACGGUGUAUGUUAUCGAGGUAACAAUUGGCCCCUACACAUGGUGUGUCAGGCAUCGAUAUAGCGAUUUCCAUGAUCUGCAUGACAAGCUUGUAUCCACUUUCAAGAUUGAUAAAAGUCUACUUCCACCAAAGAAAUUGUUUGGUAACCAAUCUGAAACCUUCAUUAAGAAACGACAAAAUGACUUGGAAGUUUAUUUGCAGACAAUUCUGUUUUACUUGGCACAGAAAAUACCUCCGGUCUUGGCAUACUUUCUUGACUUCAACAAAUAUGAGAUUCAUGGUAUAACACAGGCAUUAGCAGAAGACUUAUAUAACCGAGGAGAAUUAAUCCUUCAAGCAAAAGAACCAUUUCAGAUGUCUACCCUGCAUUUAUAUGCAUUGACAGAAAGGUUAAAGUUACCAGAGCCCACCUGUGAUAGUGGUGAUGUUAAAAAAGAUAUCGGACACAUACUUGACUUCAUCACAAGAUUAAAACAUCUAAAGAUCUGUGGUAGCCGUGAUCCAGUUGGCAGCAGUAAUAUUGAUAUGAAUGAGUUGCGUUUUGAUUUGACUCUAUUCAAAUCUUUACAAACUUUGGAGAUUUUAAAUUGCAACUCGCUGCUCAUCACUGGAUUUGAAACAAUUAAACAGACCUUACAAAGAAUUGAAGCCCACCAUUCCAUGAAAGAAAUUAAGGAUUUACUAUUACAAGAAUACUCCCACUGGCGAGAUGAAGAUGGCACCUUAAUUGUAGAAUUUUGGAAUCAUAUAAUAGAAGCAGAUUUUAGUCACAAUUCAAUAAAAUGUAUAGAUGAGAGUGUACAAUUACUUCCACAAGUUGAACACUUGGACCUAAGUCACAACUUCAUUGAUACAAUCCAGAACUUGCAGUGGUUAAGUCAAUUAACUAGUUUAAAUCUAUCACACAACAACAUUGAUCACCUUGAUUCUCUCCAUACAAAACUCGGUAAUCUGAAGACACUCAACCUGGCAGGAAACAGAAUUAAACACCUGCAAUGUUUAUCAAAGUUAUUUUCACUUGUUAAUUUGGAUAUCAGUAACAAUGAUAUUUCAGACAUCAAUGAAGUGAAGCAUGUCAGUGGCUUACCUUGUAUGGAGAAGUUGUCAAUGGUUGCCAAUUCUGUUACCAUUGUACUUGACUACAGGACUAAAGUACUUGCCAUGUUUUUAGAGCGAGCUAAUGAAAUAUGUCUUGACCAUAUGAAAGCUUCUCAAAAAGAAUUAGAUACCGUAGCCGUUGUGUUAGCUAUACAGAAAUCGAAGGAGAACAAAGAGAAACUUCGCAAGUUGAUGCCAAAUAAAAACUUUUCCGACGUGGAUUCUCUGAGCAGAGAUUCCAGCCCUCGGUCAACUCUCCCCGUUAUGUCAUCAACACCACCCCUCUCUUCGAAAUUGCUUCCUACAACUGCACCUCCCACUUUCACCUCUGCAGCAGUGACAGCAGCAGCAUCUGCUAACGCUCCGAGAUUGGUAACCACGGUGACAGCAGCAGCAGCAGCAGCAACAACAACAACAGCAGCAACAACAGAUGAAGCACCGGUGUCAGCCAAUGCUGACACAACCACCAAUUCAAUAGAAACAACACCACCACCACCAUCUGACACAGAAACUACAACAGUAAGAAGAACCAUUUUAGAAGUAGCAUCAGAUUCUACAUCAACUAGUUUAACCUCCUCUUCUACUCCUACAACCAUUACUACUACUACUUCUACUGCAACAACUACUAUAACAACUAUUACUACUACUACUACUACUACAGCAUUAAUAGCAGUAACAACAGCUGGUACCUCUUCAGCAGCUGAUACUUCUUCAACAGCUGAUACUUCUUCAACAGCCUGUACCUCUUCAACAGCCUGUACCUCUUCAACAGCCUGUACCUCUUCAACAGGUGGUACCUCUUCAACAGGUGGUACCUCUUCAACAGGUGGUACCUCUUCAACAGGUGGUACCUCUUCAACAGGUGGUACCUCUUCAACAGGUGGUACCUCUUCAACAGGUGGUACCUCUUCAACAGGUGGUACCUCUUCAACAGCUUGUACCUCUUCAACAGCUUGUACCUCUUCAACAGCUUGUACCUCUUCAACAGCCUGUACCUCUUCAACAGCCUGUACCUCUUCAACAGCCUGUACCUCUUCAACAGCCGGUACCUCUUCAACAGCCGGUACCUCUUCAACAGCCGGUACCUCUUCAACAGCUUGUUCUUCUACCCUCAACUCUUGUGCCACUACUAACAUCAUUUCCGAUGCUAACAUUAGUAGUUCAACUACAAUCAUUGACUCUGGUCUCCCUACGGACACUCUAACAGGAUCUAACACUCUUAACACAUCGGGGUCGGAUCUCUCAGAUUCUCCUCUGCCAGGUAAUCAACCAAGUGUCAUGGCUUGCUGCCAAUUAGGAUUAGAUAAUACUGGAAAAGGCCCAAAACCAACUCUUCUAGCUAUCGCUCUCCACUCUAGUCAUUUAGCUGCUCAUCUUUCUCAGAACAAACCAGCAAGUGUCACAGACAAUCCCCCGAUUUGCUCCUCUUCGCCACUGGGCGACAGCCACCAGAGCUGCUCAGAAAGCAGUGCAAACAGUGAGCAGCAAAUGGAAAUCAAAAGAGACAACAGUAACUCCAGCUGUGAACUGGACUGCAUUCAGAACCCUUCACCACCAAAUUAUCCGCAGGUGAAACAACAUCUACAACGGCCGAAAGAUUUUCCCCAAGAGGUCAAAAGCUAUGUUUUCAAAUUUGAACAUCUUCCUUCUGUACUGAACUGUAAUUUCUGUACAAAGUUGAUUUCAAAUUUGACUGGUUCCAACGAGACAAAGCGGAAAGGAGAAAUCUGCGAGUACGUUGAAUACUUGUUCUGGAGCUACGCUGUCCAGUACACACACCCAACCAUUAUGAACCCUACUUGUGUUGUACUUACUCAGAAACACAUUUUCAUCCAACACUUUGAUGGUUACAGCCAGGAUUUUCCAGGAGUUCCUCAUACUACAACAUAUUACAUUCUUCCUUUGUGUAACAUUCAACGAAUUCUUAUCAGCCACAAUGUUGUUCAACUCGAAGAAUCUUUUGUUGGUCCCAGCGGGAUUUUCCUUCUCUACCAAGUUGAAUCUCCUCAAAUUAAAACCUUUACCGAUAUUUUGAAAAAAUGCUACCAAAACAACACUGAUCAAGAAGUUCCCAAAAUUAUUGAUAUUUCAGGACAGCUUUAUUUUUCAGAUUUGAUUGAGAAUGUGGAAACAAAAGAAGGUUUGUAUUCUUCAGAAAUAACAUUUACUGCCAUUGUUAUUUAUGAUGCCACGUGGCAUACUUUGGCUGUAUCUGAGAAUUAUUUGUACCUCGUGGAAACAGAAGAUUUCUUUUUUAACACGGACUGUUUUGUCAGUGAGAAUCCUGACUCCGAUGCUGUCGAGAAGAAUAACAAACAUUCAAUUCUUAAAUACUACCCUAUCAUGGCAGGUGGAAAUGUAAGCUUUAAAUGGUGUCCAAAUGGCAGCAAACAACUUCGUUUUCCAGAGAUUCUGAAUAAUGUCAGAUAUGAACUUCAUCCGCUAUCAAUGGAAUUCAAUUGCCAAGGGAAAACGGAAUGUCUUGCUCUACAUUUUCUUAGUGCAAAAACACGGGAUGAGUAUUUAGAAAAAUUCACAAGUCUUCGAGCACUGAAUGUCAAUAGAUUGUCUUUAGCUGCACGCCAGGAACCCGAAGGAGCUAAUGAAGAUAAUGAUGUUGAAUGUAAGAAAUUGCUUGUAACUAACGAUGACAUAGUUUUAACCAAAGAUUGCCUUACAAUAAAUCACAGUUCCAGCUUGACUGUUUCCUCUCCAAAUUCAUCUAGUUCCCUAAAAACCCCUGUCAGUGUGCAGGAUGUAAGAAGACCAAGUUUCACAAUGCCAUGUGAAGAACAACUGACUUACCUAACACAGUGUAACUUGACGUACAAAUUAGUCAAGUCUCGAUCUCCUUGCUUAGAAAGUAUCGGGAAAAUGAAUGGUUACGAACUGAUACAGUUUUUUCAUACGAAUUUUGCUCACAUAGGCUUUGAGAAUGAGGAGAUGAUGUAUGUUGUUUGGGCAGAUGUUGUUCCUUACAGAAACCCAGAUCAAGAAAUUCUAUCGUUAGUAGUUCUCACCUCCAGGGCAGUCUAUUGUAUUUCUGAUACGAAAGUGAAAUUACCACCUAAAUCCAAGCACACAUGGAUGACACACUAUCGUCACAAAUCAGACUCAGCCAUUGACGAUCAUCUGAUACAAGGAAAAUCUGAGGACAGCCAUUGUUCUGGUAUCCUACACAAAGGCGGAUUCCAGCAUUCUCAACUUCCUCGAGCAUUUAUUACCAUUCCUCUGUCUCAGCUGGUCCAGGUUAACAUAGGUAUGUUUAACCAAUGUUUACGCUUUACUGGACCAUCAGAUGACUUAGUUUGUACUGUUGUUACUCGUGAUUGUGCAACUACCGAAAUUUUUCUACAGGUGACUUUCUCCGUUCUCUCUUCAAAUGUUGUUACUUCUGCCGACACACCUUCAGAUUCUGAGAUGGAUUUCUACAGCCUUGUCACAAAAUCUCGUUCUGCUACAGAAGGAAGUGAAUACAUCCAUCCCAGCAAGGUCCGCUUUUGUUACCCUGGUGAAGAAACAAUUUCAGACAUUUUGUAUAUAAUCUCUGAUAUCUCAAGGGAACAGGUCCUGCUAAACCUCAAAACUCCUUACCUUAUAUGGAUUUACAUUCUGGGAUUCCAAAUCCCUAUGGAAGCUAGUGUAUCUGAAGCAGUUGAUAAAGCUAUCCCUCGAACUGUCAUCUUAACGAACCGACACAUCUGCCUUGUUGCCGAGGAUUUGGUUAGCUACCCUCUUCCAGAUUUUGCUCGGGGGUUGCCUGACAAGCCACGCCAUCGCAUUCUGGACGUACGUAAAAUUGAAUACCUAAAGCGGAUACUUGUCGAUUCCGAACCUCUUAAAUGUUUAACACUUGUGUUCUCGGACGAAGACGAUGAAAUAGAUGUUGAUGCCUCUUUCGAAUAUUACAGUCCCAAAGAAGAACUGCAGGGCCGUGUGUCCCCUCCUGAAAUUAGUGUGAGACUUCUGUUUCAGAAAGGUAAAGAAGAGGAGAAAUUACUGCAGAUGCUGAAGCGACAAUGGGCUGAGAUCCAUUCUUCUGCCGAGCUCCCUGUUCACACAACAACUUGGCUUAAACAGGAUAUAUACUCCACUUCCCAAGGAUCAACAGGAUGCCAUACACUCUCUUAGCACAAACGUGGUGGUGACCAUACAACUUCCUUUUUUUUCAUGCAGUAUGUUACAGCAUCAGCGUCCUGAGAGAGUCGGGACAACCGCACGCUGACCCGGAUUAAGAAGGCCACUCAACAAUUAACACUGCUUUGAGAUUAACAUGAUCAUGACCCAAUGUUUUGAGACUAACAGAUUCAAACCAUAGAUUUUUUUUAACAAAAAGCAUGUCAGGCAUUAAACCUAAACUACAGCUACGUGUGUGAGGUGUUGUACUCUCUUUUCUGUGUUAUCGUUUAAAAAAAAGAAACCCCCCCAAAAAAAACGGGAACCCCACCCUUCCCUCCCCUGCCAUGCCUCCUUAAUUUAUAAUUUCAGAUUUGUGUUAUUCCUUGUCUUUCACAGAACCAAUUCUAAAAUACUUUGACGAAUACUCUGAGUACCUAUGCACCGAUACUGCAAGUGUUCCGGAGCAACAUCUAAACUCCUAAGUGGCACAAAUGCCUCUAUGAAUGGCAUGAACAUCACAGCAUUGCAUUUCCCAUUCUUUUAUAAAUUUUGAGGUCUUGUAUUUUGCUAAGAACUCACUUCUGUAAUCAUUAGUGAAUUACUUGCUUGAGUUAACAACUUUUUUUUUUAAUUAUUUAUUUAUUUAUUUUAUUCUGAAAAGGAAUAAACUUGGCCCAGAGUUUUUGAAGGCUACUGUUGGGUGAGACUGGAACACUUAA